UCCAAAUUCUAUAUAAAUAGGUUCAACUACAAAAUGAAAUUAUGCACACCAAACAAAGACACUUGAGAGUUCUCUCUUUAUAGAAAAUAUGGGUUCUGAAAAUAUGAAGCUUCCAAAAAUAGACUUUUCUCAUGAAGAUCUAAAGCCAGACACACUUGUAUGGAAUCAAGUGAAAAGCCAAGUACACAAAGCAUUAGUAGAAUAUGGUUGUUUUGAAGCUUCCUUUGAUAAAAUUCCAAUACAUCUUAGAAAAUCCAUUUUUGAAUCCUUACAAGAGCUUUUUGAUCUUCCUUUACAAACCAAACUUAAAAACAUUUCAAAAAAACCAUUCCAUGGCUAUGUUGGACAAUAUCCUCAAGUUCCACUCUAUGAAAGUAUGGGCAUUGAUGAUGCUAAUAUUCCUCAUAAAGCUGAAAAAUUCACUCAAAUUCUGUGGCCUCAAGGAAAUCCUACUUUUUGCAAGACUAUUCAGUCAUACUCAGAGCAACUAUCAGAAUUAGAUCAAACAAUAAGGAGAAUGAUUGUGGAGAGUUUAGGGGUCGAAAAAUACAUGGAUGAACAUAUGAAUUCAACUAGUUACCUUCUUCGAGUGAUGAAGUAUAAAGGACCCCAAAGCAGUGAAACUAAAGUAGGACUAAAUGCUCACACAGACAAGAAUAUUGUUACUAUAUUAUAUCAAAAUGAAGUGAGUGGUCUUGAAGUUUUGACCAAAGAUGGAAAAUGGAUCAAUGUUGAUCCUACACCAGACACUUUUACCGUCAUGAUUGGAGACUCUUUAUACGCAUGGGCAAAUGGUCGAUUGCAUUCUCCGUAUCAUAGAGUAAUGAUGAGAGGAAAUGAAGCAAGGUAUUCAGUUGGAUUGUUUUCAAUACCUAAAGCUGGAUAUACAAUAAAGGCACCAGAAGAGUUGGUAGAUGAAGAACAUUCUUUACUCUUUAAGCCCUUUGAUCAUGUUGAAUUCCUUGAUUUUUACUAUACUGAAGAAGGUCAAAGAUGUGCAUCUGCUUUGAAAACGUAUUGUGGUGUCUGAAUUUAAUUUAAUCUACUUUGAUUAUGUAAAGGAAUAAACAUGUACGUACUUCGUUCACUUUUAUUUA